UUAACGAACAUUUAAUCUAUUAUGUAUGAGAAUACGUAUCAUUUUGGAUUUGCAUUUCUAUUUAUUGGUUUAACAGGCGUAUGGUUACACAUCAAGAAUAUUUCACGUUUAAUAAAGAUCAAUGCAAUUUUACCAAAAAGUUUGACAAAAUUUCAUUAUCAUUUGACUGCUGCUUGUUUGGGUUGUAUUGCAAUGACACCGUUUAGUGCCAUUGGUGCUUUUCAAAAGAGAUGGCCUUUCGGUAAUUUUGGAUGUCAGCUGUACUCAUUUAUUGGAAUGUUUUUUGGAAUGGCAUCAAUUUAUUUCUCUUGUUUUAUUUGUCUCUUUACGAUGAUUGAAAUAUUGAAUUUAACUAGCGUUCGUAAUUUCAUAUCUAAGCCAUAUAAUCACAUUCCUUUUGGAAUUUGGAUGUUAAGUGCGUUGUGGGCGAUUCUACCACUGUUGGGAUAUGGCAGGUAAGCA